UGAGCGGAGCGCAGCAGCUGGACUGGACCUCUCUGGCCCACGGCGUCAUGAGCCACAACUUGGACGCUGCGCGGAGCUUCUUGGAGCAGUUGAAGGCGCGAGGCGGCCGGGAGAGGGCGAUCCUUGCCGGCGAGUUCAGCGACAUCCAGGCCCGCUCAGCCGCAUGGAAGACUGACUGUAUGUGCUCCACUGAGGCUGGCAGUCUGCCAGGGAAUGUGAGGAAGAACCGCUACAAAGAUGUGCUGCCCUAUGAUCAGACACGAGUGAUCCUCUCCCUGCUCCAGGAGGAGGGACAUGGCGACUACAUCAAUGGCAACUUCAUCCGGGGCACAGACGGAAGCCAGGCCUACAUCGCCACACAAGGACCCCUGCCUCACACCUUGCUAGACUUCUGGUGCCUGGUCUGGGAGUUUGGGGUCAAGGUGAUCCUGAUGGCAUGUCGAGAAAUGGAGAAUGGGCAGAAAAAAUGUGAGCGUUACUGGGCCCAAGAACAGGAACCACUACAGAUUGGACUUUUCUGCAUCACCCUGACAAGGGAGACAUGGCUGAAUGCAGACAUCAUGCUCAGGACCCUCCAGGUUACUUUUCAGAAGGAAUGUCGUUCUGUGUACCAGCUGCAAUAUAUGUCCUGGCCAGACAGAGGAGUCCCCAGCAAUCCUGAACAUGUGCUCACCAUGGUGGAGGAAGCCCGUCGCCUCCAGGGAUCUGGCCCCAGCCCCCUCUGUGUCCACUGCAGCGCAGGUUGUGGGCGAACAGGUGUCCUGUGCACUGUGGAUUAUGUGAGACAGUUGCUCCUGACCCAGAUGAUCCCACAACUCUUCAACGUGGUCCUGGAGAUAAGAAAGCAGCGGCCUGCAGCUGUGCAGACAGAGGAGCAGUACAGGUUCCUAUACCACACAGUGGCUCAGAUGUUCUUCUCAGCACUCCAAAACACCAGCCCCGUUUACCAGAAUUUCAAGGAGAACUGUGCCCCAAUCUACGACGAUGCCCUCUCCUUCCAGACUUCCCAGACCCUUCCCACCACACCGCACCCACCUGGCGAGGUCCUCAGAAGCAUCUCGGUGCCGGGGCCCCCGGCCCUCACCAUGGCCGACACGUACGCGGUGGUGCAGAAGCGCGGGGCGCCCACGGGCACCGGGGCGGGGGCGCGGGGGCGCGGCGCGGAGGAGGCGCCGCUCUACAGCCAAGUGAUGUCGCGCGCCCUGCGGCCGCAGGCGCACGCGGAGGACGCGCGUGGGUUGCUGCCCGGCCGCGUUCCUGCUGACCAAAGCCCUGCAGGGCCUGACGCCUAUGAGGAUGUGGUGGAUGGAGCUCAGAAUGGUGGGCUAGGCUUCAACCUGCGCAUUGGAAGGCCUAAAGGGCCCCGGGACCCCCCUGCUGAGUGGACCCACGUGUGAAUCCUGCACCCUGCCUGCCUGUUGCCUCACAUGGGCGCCUGGACUGCUGACGGCCAUUCUCUGCUAUGUGAAGUGUUGGAAAUGGGAAUGCUGGUCCUGGAUCAAAAUAAAAGUUUCUCAGGGUGGAAAUGUAGGGGCUUUGCCCCAGUGAUUAUAGUAUUCAAGGCUUGAGGCUGGGGGAGAUAGUUGAGAGAUAAUGGCUGGUGAGACUGCAGUGAACAGAUACAAGAAUAAACAUCAGGAAUGGGCCCAACCCCAGGGGACUAGGCAGGUUCUCCCAGGUGUGAAGAAGAGGAUGGGCAGAUGGGCUUCUGGAGACUGCCGCCAUCACCACAUAAUGGACUAGUUCAUCUCAAUAUCUGAGCCUCCCUCACUUAGACACUCAGCUGGACACAGAAAUGGGUAGGCCCUGAAAAAGACUGAUAGACACUCCACCACCCCCCAACCACCAUUCAGACAGAUCCAAGCCAGGUAAACAACCCAGCAAACUGAUUUCAAACAGGUAAAAAAGAUCCCCACAUGGGUACACAGACAGAUGGGCCCCCAACCAGGACAAGUAGAUAGCCAUACACCUAGACAGCCAGACCUUCAGAGGGACGGUCCACAGCUGGAUGGAUGGACCUCCCAUCAGAUAAAUCAACUAACAGCCUGACAGACCACCCCCCGCAAGAGAGACCAUCAAAAAGACCCCUCUCCCAGCUAGGCAGCCAGCCAGACACCAGCCAGAUGGACCCCUAGGUGGACGGACUCCCAGACAGACAUAAACAAAUCCCUAGCUGAACAGAUACAGACAUCCUCUGCUAGACAGACCCAGCCCCAAGUGGGUGGGCAGACUGACAGACCUAGUCAGACUCCUAACUAACUAGCCAGAUGGACUCCCAGCCAGACAGAAAGACCCUUGAUUGUACAGACACCUUCCCAGCAAGGCAGAUAGGUGGGUAGUCCCCACCAGCUCACCAAUUCCAAAGACCCACAUUUUAGCGGACAAAUUGAUGCACCACCUGCUGGGAAGACUGCCAGGUGGAUCCCCAGGAAGUCAGCAGGCCAGAUAAGUAGACAAACCCUCAGGUAGAUAAGCAUCCUAAGCCAGACAGAUCUCCCACUGUCCAAACCAUCUACCAGCUUGGCAUACCUUGCAAAUCAGCAGAUCCUUCAAACAGGCUAGAUCCCUGCUCACCAGAUCGACCCUCCAAUCUCUCAGAUAGGGCCUCGGAGGAUGAACCCCUAGUCAGACACAUGACAGAUGACCCCAGCCAGACAGUGAGGCAUUAUGCUCAGAGAUAAAAGAACUCCAAGCCAACUGGCCAACUAGAUUCUGAGCUGGACAGACAGAAUCCAAACCAGAUGAACAGGUGGACCCCCAUCUGGAGAGAUGAAUGGACCCCCAACAAGUCAGACCCUAUUUAGACAGAUCCCCAACUAGAUAGACCCAAAUCUGACAGGAAGACCCCCAACCAGACUAACUGAGCUGUUCACGUAGACCCCUGGCCAGACAAACCUUCAGUCUGAGCUGACAGCAGAUGCACACAGAUUGCUAGUUUGGCAGAUAGAUCUGCAGCUGGUAAGACAGACAUCUAGCCUCACAGACAGACGGACUGACCUCAGACUGACAGAUCAGUCUGUAGCCACACGGGCUGAUAAAUCUCCAAGUAGAUAGCUGGAAAAGUGAACUCCAGACAGACUGAAUGCCAGCUUGGUAAGACCCUCAGAAAGACCUCUGGCUAGACAGAUGUGCAGACCCCCAGCCAGAAGGACUGCAGCCAGACAGAUCCCCAACUAGACAGGCGCUCCAUGAGCCAGACAAAUCUCCAGCUAGACAGACAGAAAAGUGGACCACCCAGCCAGAAAACAAACAGUCCUCCAUCAAGAUGGAUCUUCAAACCAGACAACCCCAAGUGGACAGUAAUACAAGAGUAGAUUUACUCUUGAUCCUCCAAAACCCUGAUCCUGCUCUGUGAUCUUCUCUCCUGAUGUGAUUUCCUGACAAUGUCUAGUUCAUUCAGGUUCCUAUCCAUAACACAGAAAGCUGUCCUGUGUGAUGAGCAUGGACCAAUGAGGCCUUCACCUGCCACCUGCCCAGCCAGGCCCACAUCCCUCAUAUAGUUACUGUGAGAAUUCAGUGAAAGAGAAUAUAAGAUUUAGUUCAGGAGCUUAUGCUUGGUAAUUGUUAGACCAUAAUCAGGUCUGAGACAAGUCAUUUGCUCUGUUUGUAAAAGGAAGGUGAAACUUGCCUUCCUUGACCAAACAGUGCUUGCUGGCAUUGGACUUAAUUUGUCAAGUGCUGUUAGGUCUGCACAAGAAGCAAUUCAACCAGCCAAAACCUGGAAUUGCAGAGAAACCUAGGGAUUCUCCAGCUUAAUGGGGAACAGGAGGCCAGCAUUACCUGGAGUCCAAACUCUUAGGCAAAAGUGAGAGCGGACCUUGGUGGAAAGAGGCAGGAAGGCAGGAAGGCUCCAAGGCUGCUGGUAACAGAGGAGAGUCAAGGUGUCAUUUAGAGUGUAAACUGAUCUCAUAGCCAGAAAUAUUAAGUUCAUUUGGCUCCAGAGACCAGAAAGGGAAAAGCAGUAGUAUCUUGGAGGAGAGGCAUCCCAUGGCAGAAGGAAGAAGCAUAUUUCCCUCCUCAGGGGAGGGAAACUAAGGUCAAUUAGAGCAUUGGUCUCUGGGGUCUGUCCUGAAGCCAGCACCCACUCAACCCAACUUCCUACCAGAAACCGUAACUGUGGGGUACUAUAGACCCAUUUAGGUAAGAUUUUUUAACAGUUAGGUCUAAGGCUGAACUGUUUGCAAUUCUUAGCUGCCCAUUCCAGACUGAAGAGUUGUUCUGCUGAAAGUGAGAACAGCACCCUUGUGACUAUCUGAGCAGGUAGAUGCCCAGCACCAUAGAAAAACCUGUAGGCUUGCAAGGUAGAGCAUUCAGAAGAAUGCUGGACUGGGCUCUUCACAUAUUUUAUCUCAUUUAAUCUGGAAAGCAAUAUUUGUAAGUAAGCAAUAAUUGAAAGUAACAAAGUCUCCUUUGUAAGUAACCUUGCAAAGGAGACUCAGAGAGAUAGUUGUUAGAGAUUCACACCCAGAUUUAGGUCUCAGUGUUUAGUGUUACAGAAAUAUAUGGCUCUGAGCAAAAGAAGCCCUAAAUCUUUAAAUGAAUAUAAAUAGCUAGCACUGACUAGGUCCUUGGUAUGCACAUGGACUGAAUGAUUAAUCUUCAGAGCAACCCACACAUAGAGGUAAGUUUGUUACCCCACUUUACAGAUGCCAGGAAUAACUGCAAUGAACACAGCAUCUUUUAAUAUUUCUUUAAACUAAGCAGGCCUGUAUCAUAGUGAUUAAUAGCUUGGACUCAGCCACUUACUAGUGGUGUGAUCUUGAGCAAGUUUUCAGUUUCUCUCGGGUUCGGUUAGUUUCCUAGUCUAUAAAUUGAGGACAAUAAAGUUACUUUUAUCAUAGGGCUACCACAUGAAUGAUUGUUCAGAGCAAGAGUGAAUCUGGAUUUUUACAGCACACAUAGAAAAGAAGAUUUCUUAUUUUUUCAGGGAUUAUUUCCAGAAUAAAACGAUUUAUAUAGUUGUAGUCUUGGUUAACAGUUAACAUUUUAAGUCAGUGGGCAAAAAAAAAAAAAAUGGUUUAUUCAACAUAUGGUAUUGAGAUAAUUAAGUAGUCAUUUAGGAAAAAAGAAGUUUGAGCCAUACAUCAUACCCUACAGCAGGACAAAUCCUAAAUGUAUCAGAAAUUUAAAUAUAAAAUAAUAAACCAUAGAAGCAUUAGAAGAAAUUAUGGAAACUUUUCUUUAUAUUCUUGGGCUGCAACAUGCUUGCUAAAUAUGGAAAGACAUCAGAAGCCCAAAAGAAAUAUAAAUUUUAAUGCAUAAAUAUAUUUCAACCUCACAAAAAUCACCAUAAGCACAGUCAGAGAAUUAAUGACAAACUUGAAAAAAAUUUACAACUGAGAUCAAACUGAAAGCUAAUUUUCUGAGAUAUAAAAAGCUCUUAAGUAUAAGUAAAGGCCAAAAACUCAAAAUAAAAAUGUGCAAAGAUGCCCUAUCUUACAUGUAAUAAAAACCAUGAAAAUCAAAAUUUUAUACUGAGAUAGCUGAUUCCACUUAUGUUAGCAAAGAUCAAAAAGUUUAAUAACACAGUAUGGUGUCUAAGAUAUAAGAAAACGUUCUCAUAUAGAGCCAGUGGGUGUUUAAAUGCAUACAACCUCUAUGGAAAGCACUUUAACAACAUCUAUUUAAAAAUGCACAUACUCUUUGAGGCAGAAAUUUCAUUUGUAGGCAUUUAUGUUCUGUGGGUACUCACAGAACUCUAAAAUGACUGUUACACUGAGUUAUUCACUGUAACACUGUCUAUAGUAUCAAAAGACUGGAAAUAAAUGUUCUCGGUGGGGUUCUGGUUAAACAAAUGCUAUGAUGGAAUACUCUGCAGUGGAAAAAAGGGGAAUGAGACCGCCUCUGUGCACUGAUGUGAACAAAUUUCUAAAUCACAUUGUAAAAUGAAAAAAAAAAAGUAUAUUAACUUACCUUAUAAAAAGAAAAUAUUUUAUA